AUGGUCCCUCGGUCGGUCGAGGUCGCCGCCCUCCUCGUGCCUCUUCCCAACGUUCCCUCGGCGGCUGAUGCCGUCCGCUCCGGCUCCCCAGUCCCCGGGUCUGCCCUGCUCUCGUCUGCGCUAGUUUCUGCUUCGUCACCACCGGCGUCUCUCCUCUUCCUUCUCCCCUUCUUGUAUGCUUUGCACAUCGCGUCGAUUCCUUUUCGCGUGAGCACCAACCUGAAGCCCGCCCAGCAGCUGAACCGCUCCCUAAGCUAUGACUUUUUGCCGAAAAUAAAAAGGAUAAAAAGCGGUAUCCGGUAA